CUGUCUACAGCCAGCGUCAGCUAAAUGAAAGUUAGAUAAUCCCGUGCUUCGAAUUGGAUUUAGAUUAUGUUGGCUCAGGAAAAAACAUAUCUUUAGCCACAAAUAGAUUGUAUGUUCGUGGAUUUCCUUGUUUUCGUAGUUCUGGUAAGUAACGUUAGCCAUUUGCUAGCCUAGCUAGUUCCGAAUGAACAAGCCUGUGCAGAGUUGUUAUUAUUGUGCGCGUGCAUCUGAAAUAGCAAGCGCAUGCUAGCCAACUAUAGAUACUUGAUUGACAACUGAUUCUCUUGAGUUAAUUCAGGGCACGAGAGACGUUGUAAAUGUGAAAUAUCGCAAUGCCUGACUAUACACCCAUAUACAGUGCCUUCAGGAUGUAUUCAUACCCCUUGACUUAUUCCACAUUUUGUUGUGUUACAGCCUGAAUAUUUUUUAAAAAAUUAAAUAUAUGUUUUUCCUCACCUAUAUGCACACAAUAUCCCAUAAUGGCAAAGUGAAAACAACAUGUUUUUAGACAUUUUUUUUAAAAUGUAUUGAAAAUGAAAUACAUAAAUAUUUCAUUUACAUAAGUAUUCACACCCCUGAGUCAAUACUUUGUAGAAGCACGUUUGGCAGAAAUUACAGCUGUGAGUCUUCAUAGGUAAGUCUUCAGAGUUUUCCACACCUGGAUUGUGCUUAAUUUGUCCAUUAUUCUUUUCUAAAUUCUUCAAGCGCUGUCAAAUUGGUUGUUGAUCAUUGCUAGACAACCAUUUUCUGGUCUUGCCAUAGGUGUUCAAGUAGAUUUAAGUCAAAACUGUAACUCGGCCACUCAGGAACAUUCACUAUCUUCUUGGUAAGCAACUCCAGUGUAGAUUUGGCCUUGUGUUUUAGGUUAUUGUCCUGCUGAAAAGUGAAGUAAUCUCCCAUUGUCUGGUGGAAAGCUGACUUAACCAGGUUUUCCUCUAGGAUGUUUGUUGCCUGUGCUUCACUCCAUUCCAAUGUCUUUUUUUAACCGGAAAAACGUUCCAGUCCUUAAUGAUUACAAUCAUAACCAUAACAUGAUGCAGCCACCACUAUGCUUGAAAAUAUGGAGAGUGGUACUCAGUAAAGUGUUGUAUUGCAUUUUCCCCAAACAUAACACUUUGUAUUCAGGACAAAAAGUUAAUUGCUUUAGUGCCUUGUUGCAAACAGGAUACAUGUUUUGGAAUAUUCUGUACAAGCGUCCUUCUUUUCCCUCAGUUAAUUAGGUUAGUAUUGUGGAGUAACUACAAUGUUGUUGAGCCAUCCUCAGAUUUCUCCUAUCACAGCCAUUAAACUCUGUAACUGUUUUAAAGUCACAAUUGGCCUCAUGGUGAAAUCCCUGAGCGGUUUCCUUCCCCUCCGGCAACUGAGUUAGGAAGGACGCCUGUAUCUUUGUAGUGUAAAGUGUCAUUAAUAACUUCACCAUGCUCAAAGGUAUAUUGAAUGUCUGCUUUUUUUUUCUUUUUUUCCCACAUCUACCAAUAGGUUCCCUUCUUUACGAGGCAUUGGAAAACCUCCCUGGUCUUUGUGGUUGAAUCUGUAUUUGAAAUUCACUGCUCGACUGAGGGACCUUACAGAUAAUUGUAUGUGUGGAGUACACUAUUAUUGCAUACAGUGAGUCCAUGCAACUUAUUAUGUGACUAGUUAAGGACAUUUCUUACUCCUGACCUUAUUUAGGCUUGCAAUAACAAAGGAGUUAAAUACUUAUUCACUCAAGACAUUUCAGUUUUUCAUUUUUAAUUAAUUUGUAAAAAUGUCUAACAUUAUGGGGUAUUGUGUGUAGGCCAGUGACAAAAAGUCUCAAUUUAAUCCAAUUUAAAUUCAGGCUGUUACACAACAAAAUGUGGAAAAAGUCAAGGGGUCUGAAUACUUUCUGAUGGCACUGUAGCUUGCUUUUCAGACAAUAUGCUGAACAAUAGACAAUUCAGUUGUGUCACAUGACUUUAGUUUUUAUUUGUGGCACUUGGUUAUCCCUAGCCAAGUAAAACUCAACUCCACAAUGUUGAUGUGAAAUACAUAGUGGAGUUGAGUUUUACUUGGCUAGGUUAUCCCUCAACAGCAAGUAGCUAGCUAGUCUACAUUUUUGUCUCUCGCAGACUUUGUAGUGGAUUAUUGCUAAGCUAUCUGUUGGUAAGUGAAGGGUUAAGUGACAGAUGCCUUAGUAAAACCUAACCAUUCCACAGAUCUCUCACAUCCUCAUUUUAGGUUUCCCAACAUCAGGUUUACACUGUCAAUGUUCCUACAACCUGCACCAGCAUUCUGUGCUGCAUAGUUACCAUACACAUGACUUGUCUGAAACAGUAAGAAAAUCUAGUAAAACACCAGGCCUAAAUGGUGACAUUACUUCUAUGCAUUUGGCAACUUUUGCAAAGUCUCUGAGCAACAGUAGACUGUACAAAUUGUUAUGGAUGGGGCUGACUUGAUAAGUAGACCUACAUCGUGUCUUCCUUCCAGCCAUGACUCUGAGCAUGUCUCCGGCUGCGGUGUGCCAGUGCUUUACUCUGGUGUCUCUGUGCACGUCCAUCGCUGACCCCAACUGGAUCCAGGUCAGGAACAGUACUGACCCCGGAGGCAAACAGCUCAUCUAUGGAGUGGCCUUCACACUGCACGCUGCCCAGAACCUCACUGACACAGGUAGGGAAGGGCAAGGCUGGACUGUGAAAGAAGAGAUUGGUUGACAUUUGUCUUUUUGCGCUGCUAUCACAUAGUUGUCAUCUGUUUUGACACUGUAGAGUUGACAUUUUCUACAGUUUAACUGCACCCACAUAUGUCUGGUCGUCAGUAUUUCCAUAUUUGUGAGCUUAAACGUAUUUACGUCCUGCUUGUGCAGAAGCCUGGGAGUGCGGUGUGUGUUUAUGUGCGUGGUGUUGACUUACAGUAUGUGUGUGUUCCCUCCCUUUAGGUCCUCUGGGUGGUGUUAACGGCUGGGGGAUGUGGCUGCUCUAUGCUUUGGCGGCUCUGUGCUACAGUGCUGUCCUGCUCUCCAGCUCCUCCUUCCUAUUGGACUUCCUGGGGACUGGGAUGUCCCACCCUCGACUGGUGGUGUCACUCCACAUCUCCACAGGUAACCUAACCUCCCUCCCUUUUUCUAUCUCGGUCUCACUUUUCUUAUUCUCUCUUUUUUCUUUCACGUUCUUCCUCCUUCGGUCUCUUUUGCUGUCUUAUCUGUUUUUCUCUGUCUGUUUGUCUCUCUCUGAGGGCUUAUCACAAUACUGUAAUUUACAUUUUUUAAAUGUUUAGUCAUUUAGCAGGUGCUCUACUCCAGAGCGACUUACAGGAGCAAUUAGGGUUAAGUGCCUUGCUCAAGGGCACAUCUGCAUAUGUUUUAUCUAGUCGGCUCAGGGAUUUGAACCAGCGACCUUUCGGUUACUGGCCCAACGCUCUUAACCGCUAGUCAUAAUUUGAAGAAGAAUACACUCUCACAGGUCUCAUAAAAUAUGAAGUCUCAUAAAAUGACAUGAGUCAUGUUUUCUGAGCCAUGUUGAUUUACAUCACUCUGCAGUUCUCUCUGGGAUUAAUUCGUAUUUCAUCCUCUCGCUGUCUUUCUCCCUUUCCCUCCAUGUCUCUUUUUCUCCUUUUCCCUUCCACUCUCCCCAGUCGUUUUCCUACUGUCCAUGCUGGGAGUGUGCGGGGCCUGCCUGUAUGUCAUCAGCGGCAACCUUCAGGAGGGCAAAUUUGGGCUACUGUGGGACUGGCUAGGGGGCUGGACCUGGCCUGGGUCUGGGUCUCCUAGGCCUGGGUCUGGCUCCAGGAGCCAGGGAGGGGGAGGGGCAGUGGGGUUGCAGGCUUACCCAGGGGAGAGCUUCUACAUUGCCAUGCUGGGCCUGCUCUUUUCCUGCCUGGCUUCCGUGAUCAGCCUGAGUUGCCCGGGGGACCCCACCUCCACCCAGAGUGACUACACAGCCGUGGUGGAAGGGGAUGACAGUGACACAGAGCCCCUCACCCCCAGGGAGCAGGGAGUGGGACAGUCUGACGGCGACAACAGGGGGGAGGAGUGGGCAGGAGAGGUGUUCCCUGAACUGACUCAGGGGGAGGUGGAGACUGCUAAAGGGGGUUCUGUUUAAAUGUGUGGCAUAUAAGGUGAACUGAGGCUUGGUUCACGACUAGAAUGCGAACCAGGACCACACAUGGCCUGUAACAGACUUUAUUAGACAGCAGUGCUGGCCCCUUCGCUGGUCAUCUUUUGGUUCCUAAUUGUUUCACUGGACCGAGCUAGUGGAAUCCAGUCAGGAGCCAAAAAAGAGAUCAGAUACGUUCUUUUAAUGUUCGUCUGCCAAUAAAAAUCACUCUCGGGUCAUUGUGUGUGUACAGUUGCACAACAUGGAGUAAACCCGUUUAUGGAAAAAAAAGAAUUACUUUUUCUUUCCCUUGUGGGAGUUUAGGCCCAUAGUCUCCAACUUCACUAGACCAAGGUCAAUAGUUAUUUUGCUUGCUGUGAUGGUUGAAAAAGUGUGCUACACAGUUAAGCUAUUUCUGUCUGUGUGACCAGGGCAAGUGUGUUAUAUCAGAUGUGUGACACAAAUUAUAUGCCCUUCAUGCUCUUUUAAAUAUAGUUGAACACUUGGCAGCACUUGCAUGAAUGGAUAGUAAACUCUCAUCAAUGGGAACAAGCUUUGACCCUGUUCCCAUUACUGCAAAAAUAACCACUGGGGUAUGUUCAGGAUCAGCUAAUGGUUUCAAACACUUCAAAACCAGAAAAGAUGUUCAAUUGAGCAAAAGUUGAGACAUAGCCCAUGUUUGUACAAUCACCUAUUGUCCUCUUCUAGUUAUCAUAAAAAUCCCUAGAGGAAGGGUUUUCUGAUUAUUUUUUACAGUUUGUUUUCUAACCUAUGCAUUAUCUUAACUUCUUAAACCCUUUGCAAAGUCUUUCAUAGUGACACUUUAAGUUUCCCAAAUGGAGGACAGAAAUCCCAGAGAUUAUUCAUAGGAGAUUUACCUGAAGUGUACUGAAACUGGAGUUUCCUUUGAGAAAUUCAAUUAAAAAAAGCCCAUUUGGCUAUUAUUGCCACUAUAGCUUUUAUCACUUUUAAUUGAGCCACUAUUUAUUAACGCAUGGAUGUUUACUACUAUAGGAAGAAUUGAGUGGGGAUAUGAUGUUUUACCUUUCCACAGCAGGUAGUGUAAAUACAUGGCUCUUGCCUUUAAAUGAGUUGAUAUACUAAUUAUAUUAAAAUAUGAUGUAUUGAAUAUUUUGUGUACUUAAAUGUUUCUGGUUUCAUAUAAUGUAGACACUGCUAUUGGUCACUAGAUACUACAGAUCACUGUGAAAAUAUAUCCCGGUUUGGCAUCUUUAGAGGUCUACAUUACUGCACAAACCACUGGAUAAAGCAUGGUUAUCCAGCUUGAAGGCAACCAAUAAGACAAGCUCCUUGAUGGUGCUUGGUUGCAGAUGAUGGUAGGACCAUGGAUAUUGGCUUAAUUAAUUAAGAUAGCUAAGAGGCUGCCUAGAAUCAGGUUUUCCUUACCCACUUGUUUUCUGGACACAGAUUAAGCCUAGUCCUGGACUGGGAAACAUGUUCAAUCGAGAUUCUCUUUUUAGUUCAAGACUAGGCUUAAUCUGUGUCUGGGAAACCAUCCCUCAUUCUCUUCCUCAGGUACAUAGGAAGACAUUCCUUCUCUUAUUCCAGGGUCACAGUCCCAUCUCUAUGAAUCAGACUGUUCAUUGUGGUUGUUUGUGAUGUUAUUUAUUCAUUAAACUGUUUUUGUGUUUAUGUAAAACGUGUGAAUGCAUUUUCUUUCUGUUCCAGAACAGAAGUGUCCAGUCCAGUUCCUCUCAUUCCCACUCAUCUGUUUGUGUUGAUCUGUCAUCUCAUCUCUGCCGCUACAGGUUUAUUUCCAACCAACAUCAUCAGGACAUGAUCUUAAUCCAAAACCAUGAGAUCAUCUAACAAAUUAUGUUGCUUGCUGGUACGCAAAUGACCAGGUAUUAACUUAGAAAUUACAUGGAAAUGACAAACUUUUUUGUUUACUACAUGAUUCCAUGUGUGUUAUUUCAUAGUUUUGAUGUCUUCACUAUUAUUCUACAAUGAAGAAAAUAGUAAAAAAUAAAGAAAAACCCUUGAAUGAGUAGGUGUCCAAACUUCUGACUGGUACUGUAUGUCUGACUGUACUUUAUGCAGGGUUCCUAUCCAAAGAAAAGUUUGCUGGACCAAUGUCAAUAUUUUCCAGUUACUGUAAUUCCAACGGUAACUUUUUAAUGGCUUGUGCUUGUGUGAGAGGAUGUUUUUAUUUGUCAGGGGAACAUCUUAACACCCCUGGGCAUGAUUGAAAUAUGAACCCUGUCUGUUGUAUAGAGUAGGUAUCCUGGGGUAUAUGUGACUAUAGGGACUGAUGACCUUCUCUCCUCUUCAUGGACAAUCAGAUGGCUCUAAAUAUACCUCUCUACCCAGCACUGUCCCACAUGUCUUUCCUGAAGUCUUUCUUAAUGCAUAGGCAGGUUUUAGGGUUAGCCAGGCAGAAGGACUCCCUGUGAACAUGAUGUCCUCUCUGUCAAGCAAUGAAUUCAGCAGACAAACCACUCAUUGGUAAGUAGAAAUAAUCUAAGGAUAUGGUUAGUGUAGCCUUUCUCUAGCCUAUUAGUAGAUGAGCAUAAGGUUGGUUUACAUCUGGCUUGCACUGUUCUUAAACACAGUUUAAGUCCCCCGUUCCUUUCCCCUAUUCUGUCACGAGUCCACCCCCUUCUCCCAUUGGACAGAAACCAUUGCCAUAGUAACCUUGACAAAUUGUGAAUGGAGAGGAAAGAUGCAGGGCAGUCGAGGAGCAUAUUUUAGUGAUGGUUUGCACUGAUGAGUGAGUGUGAUCCUGUGUGUACAUCACACACGCAUGUAGGUACAUGUGUGAACGUGCUAGCACUGGUUUACUGUACUAAAAUGUACGGGAAGGUACAGAUUUUCAUGUAGAUAGUUUGGAAUAUGGUGCAUUUGCAAAACAUGAUGUAUUUAUUUUAUGACCCUAAUAUUAACUAUUUUGCGAGGCAAGUGGGAAAUUAUUUCAACAGAGCUACCCGGGUCGUGUGUGUGUUUGUGCGCACGCGUUUACUUUAUGGAGGCAGAUGGAGGAAGUGAGAGGAUGCUAUUGGUAGCUCAGAGGGGCUGGGACGCGGUGAGUAUUGCUACAGUUCAUCUCCACAUGGAGGAGUGGGCCGAGGGAUGAGGAGAGAACCGACAGGGACGAGCCUACCAGUGGAGCUGUGAGAUUCCUCUUUGUAUCCCUUCUUCCACUCCCUCAGUUUUUUUUUCUGUCUCUAAGUGACAUUCAGCCAUGGCGGCUCAGAAAUUAAAAAAGAAGAGGAGAGAAAGAACAGUGGCGUUAUUAAAGAUGGAUGUCAGAUCCUGUUUCACUAGCGUACUUGCAUGGAGUCCCUGUGUAGCCUAUCUGUGGUCUUGUGUUCUGUUUAUGUGUAGUAGGUCAGUACAGCAUGAAAUGUGAAUACAUGUGUGUGUUUUAAUGUCCCAGAGUGGGUGUGGGUCACCAUGUACGUGGCGACAACGGUCAUAUUUGCUUUAGUGCGUGUGUAUGUACUAUGCAAGUAUUCAUCUCUGCUAACCUGGCCCAGAAAGUGUGUAUGUGUGUUUGUAGUCUUGACAGUCGUAUGUAUCGCUCUACGACUGGCAAAGCGAGUCGUGUGUGUGAACAGGUGAAUUGUGUUUGAGUGGCUUGUGUGCAGGUCAGUGUUAGUGUGAAGGACCAUGGCUGUUUUCUAAUCGUGUUGUCGGGGUUAUGUGUAGAAGACUUGUAUGAAGAAGGCAUUAUGAGUGGGAAUCGAGUCACAUUUCUUGACACUGGAAUGCCUGAUUUACUCCAAAUAAACCCAGCAACUCUCAUAUGCAAUGAAAGGAUAGAUGUGUUUUGCUUGGAAAGUAUGUUGUAAUGUUUUUGUAUCCCUAUAAAGGCCUACAAUCUCUCUCUCCUAUCCUUCUUUUUGUCGUUGGAUUGGUCAUUUUAGGCAAAUGUCUUCUUGUCAACUUGAUCUCUUAUAGAAGAUGGUAUCUGUUGGCUUUAUGACCAGCACCAAAUAUUCCAUUCCAGACAAGUUAACAGUUCUGUACUGCUAGUGCUACAGCUUCAACAUUGGCUGUUUCUCUUUCUCUCUGCCCUCUUUCCCUGCUCCUCAAUGCGCUCUCUCUCGUCUCUUUCUGCAAUCUCUCCCAGCCCUCCUCUCUCACUCUCUCUUGAUUAGUCCUGAGUGAGGCUGAUUUCAGGCUCCAGUUCCUCACCUACACAGCCAGCUCUGCUCUCUCUGCCCCUGGGAACUGGGCAUCAUGUUUGCCCAAGGCCUCGCUUGCCCUUGGUACUAAAAACUGAAGUCUGAGCUACACACACACAUAGACACUCAACCUGCCCGGUCAUGUGUAAUUCAGUUGUGCAGUACUCAAAUAAAUAUAUAUAGAAUAGAAUGUGCAGAUGCAUACAUAGUAAUAUAUAGACACAGAGAGAUAUAUUAUAGGAUUGGCAGGGGUCCCCAUUUUCCAGCAGUAGCCUACGUAUUAUGUGUGGAACAGAAUCAAUACAUUGUGUGCUAUUCUGAGGUGGAGGAAGAAUUCACACCUUUGUGUGGGCGCAGGCGCAGGUCUGGGAAGGGGGCGGUGCUGUGGUCCAUCAGAAGGGGCGGGGCAGAGGUGGGUGUGUGACACAGCUGAUACACGGAUCUUCUCGCUGUCUCCAUCACCCGAUAUCCGCUACGGGCAAUAGCGGCUGCAGCCUCCCCCGACCAGAGCCACACGAGUAGGCUAUAGGCCUACUGCCACUCCAACGUCCCAAUCAGCGAACCCAGAAUCGGACAGCUCGCCGAGGAGCAGUGGAGCGACGUUAUUCGGCUUCAUUCGGCGUUGUCUGUGCUGCUUCUGCCGCUAAUAGUAAGUGCAGAGCUGUUCUAGGCUAUGAGGUGAUUGAGCGAGCGCUCCUUCAUUUCCAUAGAGAAAUACGCGCACCUAGUAUGCGACGCAGCGCGGCGCACAUCUACACCUGCGUUUUUCUAUAUUUAUCGCCAUUCACCGCAUUGUCAAUCCAUUAUCCUGCCGCUUUACAUGUUGGAUUUUGGGGUGAUUCAAAGGUUGUUGUGGCAGAGAGAUAAGUGGAGAGCGAAAUUGAGGGAGAGAGAGACCGUGUUUUUUAAUAUUGCUCAUUGGAGUGAAAGUAAAGAUGGGAAUCGGAGCGGGUUGUGCGCGCGGGUUGUAGCGGAUGCUGUGCUCGCUCGAGCUCGCUCCUUUCGGAUUCCCCACACCGAGAGAGAACUGCGAGUGUAGUAGAGUGCUUUGCGUGACCCACCCACGCAUUAUGUAUUGCGUGAAUGAAAAGAAAAACAGAUAGGAUAGAUCAUGUUAAUUAUAUCGUUCUACUUGCCUUUUGUGCCUGGGUUAGGGCUUUUUCGCUGGUAUGGAGAAGCGAGUAACAUUUCUCCAUUGUGCUUUAGCAUUGCCGCUACAGCUGACAGUCUAUGCACAUCAGUGCGGUGAAGGGAUUGAUGGGGAGGUUGUUGUAGCGGCUGCAAAAAUAAUGGAGAGGGUUUUGAAUACAUGGAGUAUAAAUGGACAGACCAAGAGCAAAUGGCCUGCAGUAGAAUUUAGACCAACAUUGGCACUUAAAAGGAAUAGACUGAUUUGUAGGCCUACAUCACUACCAAAAAGAUGUAGCAAAUACUGUAUUAUUGACAUGAUAUAAAGCCUAUUGUGAGGAUAUGUGUGAACUAGAAGUGUGAGCUAGCAUGCCCGUUUUAAUAUGCUGGUAAUGGCAAGGGAGCUCUGAUAAAAUAGGCCUAUUAUUGAAUAUCCUUUACAGUGCAGUGGUUACCUCUGUACCCAAUGUGACUGCUCUGGGGGUCUUCUACGCCUGGCCUAUAUGAGGCCUUGAAUGACGUGUGUGUGGUGUGUAAUGGGGUAGCAGUGGUCACUGUUUGGGGGGCACUUUGUUUGCAUUUGAGGUGUAUCUAAGGGUCUAUGUAUGGACAAUGCAGUGACAAUAUGGGGAGAAAAUGUAUUGCUGUGUGUGUGUGUGCGCGCAUGUGUGUAGGCUACACAUAUUAUUCUAUUAAUUACCUCAUACUGCAUGUCAACACAGGAGAGGAGAUUAGGAAGACUCCCUUCGUGAGCGUGUAUGUGUGGAAGUGUGAGAAUGAGGGGGGAGCGCGCACCAGAGAGAGUGCCUGCUUGUGUGCGCGCGCUCUCUAUUUGAAGCAUGGAGCCGAUGAUGUAAUGCCUAGGAGUGUGUAACUGUGCCAGUGAGGCGAGUGUAGGCACGUGCCACAGCUCAGCCAACACUGGAACAGGGCCCUCUGCUGGUAUCGCACAAUAUGCCGUUUUGGACUCAGCACGUUAUCCUAAGGAUUCAGUACUCCCCUGUUCACAUCCCAAUCUGUUCCCAUGUCCUACCUGAGAUGGAAUGUCAAUACUCACCUUAUUAUAGCAAAGUAACAUAAAAGCAUAGUAGCUUCAUGUGCACCGGCUUGGCUUCAGGCAUGAAGAGACAAUGGGGAGAGACGAUGGAAAGAGAGAGAUGAUUCACAAAAAGGUUUGGCUGCAUCUUUGCUCAGAUAGGAGUAGUAGACUACACUUGGUACAAUGGACUAUAAAUUCACAUAUUUCCUUUAGGUCAAUGUUCAAUCAGUGAUAGAUAUUCUGGUGAGUAAUCAGUGCUCCCAGUGGGUGUGGUUCAGGGACAGGGAUAUAAUACAAAUAUGGAUAGUGUUCCUUAUUGCACUCAGUGAUACAUACACGGACAAUGAAGUAUUGACAAUUGUCUCCCAUGUUUUUCCUUCCAUUAGAAAGAGUGUUGAUAGAGAAUGUGUUUUUGUCAUUCUCAUUGGCACAGGGGGAACAACUUACCUCUGUGUGUAUGUUUGCAUUUGUGUUUGUGUGUGUCAGAAGGCAAGGGGUUAACAUGCAGAAUAACAGGUGUGCAAAAGACCUGCUCUGCUACCCAAUCACAAAGUAGAGUGUGAGAUAGUGAGAGAAAGGAACAAGACAAGAAGGUUGUGUGAGCAGAGAGCACAGUAAGCUUUCCUUCUAUGAUUGUGUAUUCAGGAUCUGCAAUUGAGGUACAAUCUGUUAAUGUAGAUGUAGAAUGUAGUUAAUAUUUGUCAUGUUUGGAUUGAAAACUUGAUAAUCAAGGAAUAAUCAUUUGCAUUGGCUCGAACAAAUCCUAUUGAUCAGCUAGGCUAUUUGUUAGCCCUUUAAUACAGUGAGGGGAAAAAAAGUAUUUGAUCCCCUGCUGAUUUUGUACGUUUGCCCACUGACAAAGACAAGAUCAGUCUAUAAUUUUAAUGGUAGGUUUAUUUGAACAGUGAGAGACAGAAUAACAACAAAAAAAUCCAGAAAAACGCAUGUCAAAAAUGUUAUAAAUUGAUUUGCAUUUUAAUGAGGGAAAUAAGUAUUUGACCCCUCUGCAAAACAUGACUUAGUACUUGGUGGCAAAACCCUUGUUGGCAAUCAGAGGUCAGAUGUUUCUUGUAGUUGGCCACCAGGUUUGCACACAUCUCAGGAGGGAUUUUGUCCCACUCCUCUUUGCAGAUCUUCUCCAAGUCAUUAAGGUUUCGAGCCUGAUGUUUGGCAACUCGAACCUUCAGCUCCCUCCACAGAUUUUCUAUGGGAUUAAGGUCUGGAGACUGGCUAGGCCACUCCAGGACCUUAAUGUGCUUCUUCUUGAGCCACUCCUUUGUUGCCUUGGCCGUGUGUUUUGGGUCAUUGUCAUGCUGGAAUACCUUUCCAUGACCCAUUUUCAAUGCCCUGGCUGAGGGAAGGAGGUUCUCACCCAAGAUUUGAUGGUACAUGGCGCCAUCCAUCGUCCCUUUGAUGUGGUGAAGUUGUCCUGUCCCCUUAGCAGAAAAACACCCCCAAAGCAUAAUGUUUCCACCUCCAUGUUUGACGGUGGGGAAGGUGUUCUUGGGGUCAUAGGCAGCAUUCAUCCUCCUCCAAACAUGCGAGUUGAGUUGAUGCCAAAGAGCUCGAUUUUGGUCUCAUCUGACCACAACACUUUCACCCAGUUCUCCUCUGAAUCAUUCAGAUGUUCAUUGGCAAACUUCAGACGGGCCUGUAUAUGUGCUUUCUUGAGCAGGGGGACCUUGCGGGUGCUGCAGGAUUUCAGUCCUUCACGGCGUAGUGUGUUACCAAUUGUUUUCGUGGUGACUAUGGUCCCAGCUGCCUUGAGAUCAUUGACAAGAUCCUUCCAUGUAGUUCUGGGCUGAUUCCUCACAGUUCUCAUGAUCAUUGCAACUCCACGAGGUGAGAUCUUGCAUGGAGCCCCAGGCCGAGGGAGAUUGACAGUUAUUUUGUGUUUCUUCCAUUUGCGAAUAAUCGCACCAACUGUUGUCACCUUCUCACCAAGCUGCUUGGCGAUGGUCUUGUAGCCCAUUCCAGCUUUGUGUAGGUCUACAAUCUUGUCCCUGACAUCCUUGGAGAGCUCUUUGGUCUUGGCCAUGGUGGAGAGUUUGGAAUCUGAUUGAUUGAUUGCUUCUGUGGACAGGUGUCUUUUUUACAGGUAACAAGCUGAGAUUAGGAGCACUCCCUUUAAGAGUGUGCUCCUAAUCUCAGCUCGUCACCUGUAUAAAAGACACAUGGGAGCCAGAAAUCUUUCUGAUUGAGAGGGGGUCAAAUACUUAUUUCCCUCAUUAAAAUGCAAAUCAAUUUAUAACAUUUUUGACAUGCGUUUUUCUGUAUUUUUGUUGUUGUUAUUCUGUCUCUCACUGUUCAAAUAAACCUACCAUUACAAUUAUAGACUGAUAAUUUCUUUGUCAGUGGGCAAACGUACAAAAUCAGCAGGGGAUCAAAUACUUUUUUCCCUCACUGUAUCAACAGUUUUUACAGUUAUAUGAGAUGGGCUUUCAUUAUUGUUGCAUAAACAAUUUUCUCAGUGGAAAAAAUACAUUUUAAUGUGAAUUUUGAUAUGAUGUGGAAUGAGGAGUAACCGUAUAAGGGAAUGCAUACUGAAAUUAAGUACUCUAAUUGAUACUUCAAUCAUACAUUCAAUGUACUUCAUAUAAUGUUUUUUAAAAAUACAUCAGAUUUGAAUGCUCAAGAAAUCUCUAUUAGUGUCAAAGUAACCUUGUUCUUAAAAGAGUUCAAAUCGCCUUAAGAGCUUUUGCAGGGUGUAUAGUAUGACUCCUAUCUCAGAGAGAGACAGAAGGAGAGGAGGGAACAGGGAAUUGGGAACUCAUUGCUAUGGUGAGGGGGGGAGAGCACGGGUGGAGAGAAGUAAGGAGUGGGUGAAAGGAUGACCUCACCCACUGUAUCAGUGUCCCAGAGGGGAGGAGGAGGAGGGGGAGUUUCAGUCAGUAUUACAUUGCAUGAGAAAAUGGCGUAUAGGCCUAUGGAACUUUUAGCGUAGUGCAAAGAUAUGAAUCAACAGUCAUAUCCUACAAUACAGUAUGUCUCACUCUAUAGAUCAUGUGUGUAUGGUCACUAAAUAUGUGUGUGUGUGUCAACUGUACAGUAUGUCAACCCCUUAACUCUCUUCCUUGUGUCUGUAUGUCGUCUAUAAUUAUUAAAUAAUUAUGUUACUUACAGAGUGUGCGUGUGUACAACGGUUUGUGUGUCUGUACCUUACUCCUAAUGAACCCUUUCUCCCCCUCUCUCCCCUCUCCCUGUCUCUGUGUGUCCUGCAGUGUGUGUCGGCAGGUGCUGCCUCCCUGCCCUCCAUCAUAGCGCGUGUGGAGCGCGGGGGGCUGAGUGAGGGGGGGCGCCCCCAGGGCAUGGGCAGUGUGGCCAGUGGGGAAUCCUCCUGGACCACCACCUCCUCUGGCCAGCAGCAACAGCAGCAGGAGAUCGCCAUGCGGAGCGUGGGCACCCGCACCACCCAGCAGAACAGCCUGCCUCGCGCCCCCCCACCACCCCCCUCCUCUUCCUCCUCCACCUCCAACUCCACCCACAGGGGCAGGAGCUUGGAAGAUAGGAGUUACAGCAUUGAGAGGUCCUCACAGCAACCUCCUCCCCUGACCCAUGCUAAGGGGACUACGGCGGACGAACGCAGCUUUGCCACCGUCGAGAACACUUCUUCUUCUUACUACGGCAGUGAGCGUCCUCCACCGCUCUGCGAGGGGGCAGAGAGAGAGAGGACCCCUGUCCAUAACAACAGCAACAGACAGGUCUCCAAUGGCAAUCGGGGCGUUUCCAAUGGGAACCGAGCGGCGGCGGGUAACAGCGAGAGGCAGGUUGCCAAUGCAGUGUUUCUGAAUGGAGGCGGGCGGCGUGAUGGGCGUGACCAGAGGGAUGGGCGUGACCAGAGGGAUGGGCGUGACCAGAGGGAUGGGCAGGGCCAGAGGGAUGGGCGUGAUGGGGGUAGAGAGGUGCCAAGAGGGACGGUGAGUUUGGAUAUUUGCGGGAACAACGUGCUGAACAAUGAUAAGAACAGUAGCCAACAGCUGGCUCAGUACAAGGAGGCGGGUGCCAGCGCAGCCAAGGUGGACAACCAUAACAACCCCCCCAACAUCCUCCCCAUCUCUGGGAAGAUGGAGCAGGUUCAGGUGGGUCACUGUGUGUGUGUGUGUGUCUCCAAAUACAGGCUGUAGGUUGAGUAUGACGGUUCAUGUUGAAAGUGUGUGUUGUUCAUUUUGUACAUACAGGCAUGUGUAUCUAUGAGUUAUGGUGCAGGCAAUAAAACGCUGUCAUAAAUUGAUAUACUGUACUUUGUUACCUAGCGGCUGUAAAUCAGUGCUGCCCAUUAUGACAGGGAGAUAUUUACAUGAAAUAUGAUCUCCCCUCCUGUCAACUCCUCCAUGCAUUGUAAUAGCAUUAGCCUUAGCUAUUACUGUUGUUUAUAUUAGAUUUAUGAAAAGGUAGGUACAUGUAUAUCUACAUAUAGUUUGUGUACCGGUAUAUUAAUAAACUAUAGUAAAUAAGAUGAAUCCCCCUUGUAAUCAGGGAAUGUAAGAUCACUGAAAUUCACAUUUAGCUUCAGUAUGCUGGCUGUUUAAGUAAUUAUACAUUUAGCAGCAUAUUCAUAAUCCCUGUAGACCUAAUUGUCAGAUAAUGUAUGUUGUACAAUCCUCGCGUUAUAUUUCACCACUAAUGCCAUUUGCUUUCCACCCCCAUCCAGAGCAAUGAUGGAUUGGUCCGCCCAUCGGCCUUUAAGCCUGUGGUGCCCAAGAGCUUCCACUCCAUGCAGAAUCUGGUGUGCCCCCCCCAAACCGGAGGAGUGGGCCGCAGUGCCGGAGGAGGUGCUGCAGGUGGUGGGUGUCCCAGUGUAACAGGACCCCUCAGAGACACAGACAGCCCUAGCAGCCGGGGUGGAGGUGGAGGUACCAGAGGCGGAGGAGGGGGCAGCAGCAGGGGCGUAGGCCAGGGGAGCCUAUCUGACUCAGGGAGGAAUUCUCUAACCAGCCUGCCCACCUAUGCUGGCUCGGGCUAUGGGCCCCCGCCUGUCCUGGGGCCCCUGAGCGCCUCUACCAGCCACAUCAACCGCCUGGGGGCCACGGGGGCCCUGGAGAAGUUGGAAAAGCCUGGUGGAGUUAGCGGUAGCGGCGCUAAUAGUGGUUACCAGAACGGACUGAGCGCCUCGGAUAGUGGUCGUUCCUCCUCCGGGAAGAGCUCCUUGUCCUAUCAGAGGCUCAGCCACCUGAGUGACGCCCCCGCACCGCUACGCCCCUCUCCCUCCUCCGAUGACGUCAUCCAGGACCUGGAGGACCGGCUAUGGGAGAGAGAGCAAGAGGUGAGGAGAGAGAGAGAGAGAGAGUGAGGGAGAGGGAGAUGAGGCAAGAAAGAGGGAGAGGGAGGGACGAAAAGGGAGAGGGUGGAUAUUGGGGGGUUCAGAAGGGAGGAGUCUUGAGAUGAUAUUGUAGAAGGAAGCAACAAACAAAUGGUACCAAAUAGUGCAAAUUAUCACAACUAUAGCACAGUGAAUACAGUUAUUUUAUAUACACUCCCAUCCAUAUGUAUUUGGAAAGUGAAGCAAAACUUUAACAUUUGGCUCUAUACGCCACCAUUUUGUAUUUGAGAUCAAAUGUUUCAUAUGAGGUAACAGUACAGAAUUGUCACCUUUUUUGGGGGGUAUUUUCUUACAUAUCUGUUUUACUGUUUAGAAAUGAAAGCACUUUAUGUAUCUAGUCUUCCCAUUUAAGGAAGUCAUAAGUAUUGGGACAAAUUCACUUCAAGUGUCUUAAAGUAUUCAGAAGUGUAUUAUUUGGUCCCAUAUUUCUUGCACUCAAUGACUACAUCAAGCUUGUGACCCAUUUGCAGUUUGUUUCAGUUGUGUUUCGGGAUUAUAUUUUGCCCAAUAGGAAAUGGAUGGUGAAUAAUAUAUUGUGUCAUUUUGGAGUCACUUUCAUUGCGAGUAAGAAUAGAAGAUGUUUCUGAACACUUCUACAUUAAUGUGGAUGCUAACAUGAUUAUGGAUAAUCAUGAAUGAAUCACGAAAAAUUAUGAGUGAGAAAGUGAGAGGCUCAAAGACCAUACCCGCCACAAAAUGCCAACCUCCUCUGUUAUUGGUAAUGGGGCGAUUCCACGCCAGCAUGGCCCGAAAAUAUUUUUGGUACCUCAGAUUGUUCAGGCAAUUCUCACAUAAAAAAUGUAUUGGGAGGAAGGAUAUUUAACAUGCUUUUUACAUUUGUAUCACAAACCAUUUUUGAGAAAACCAUUAUGAAAGUGGCCAUUUUCAGCUCUUUUUAGACCUAUACUGUGCCUUCAGAAAGUAUUCACACCCAUUGAUGGACUUUUUCCACAUUUUGUUGUGUUACAAAGUUGGAUUGUUUUGCCAAUGAUCUACACAAAAUACUCUAAUGUCAAAGUGGAAGAACAAUUCUAACAUUUGCAAAACAAUUAAUGAAAAAUAAAACACUAUAUAAUAUAUAAAACACUAUAAUAUAUCUUGUCUCUAAGUAUGUGAGAAUUGCCAGAACAAUCUGAGAUACCAAAAAUAUUUUCGGGCUAUGCUGGCAUCGCGCAAUGGUGAGAGGUAGCAUGUUUUGUUUUAGCCUCUGUAACCUUCUUACUCAUCGUUAUUCAUGAUGACAUUAUCAGGAUUAAUUAGAAGUGUUCAGAAACAACUUAUCUAUUCACUUAGAAAGAAAAUUACUCAAGUCAUCAUUCACCAUUCAGUUCCUAUUUGGCAAAAUAUAACACAACCAAAACAAACUGCACAUUUAUCCAACGAGUCACAAGCUUGAUGUAGUCAUUGCGUGCUACGAAUAUGGGACCAAAUACUAAACUUUUGACUACCUUAAUACACUUCAAGUGAAUUUGUCCAAAUACUUUUCCAAAUUACUUCCUCCUCAAAUGGGGGGACUAGAUACAUGUGCUAGAUUCAAGUGCUUUCAUUUCUAAAUGGUAAAACGUAUGUAUGUAAAUGCCCUCGAAUAAAAGGUGACAUUCUGUAUUGUCGCCUCAUAUAUAAAACAUUUGAUCUCAAAUCCAAAAUGUGGAGUAGUAUAGAGCCAAAUGUAAAAAUUUUGCGUCACUGUCCAAGUACAUAUGGAGGGGAGUGUAAUCACAAAAAGCUGUUAUUUGAAAUUUGAGGUGUUUGCAUGACCUGUAGAGGGCAUGGGUAACUGUACCAGUGAUCUUACUGUACAUAAUACUGUCUAUGGCUUAAGAAUAAACCGGUAAAACCGUUGGGUGUGCCUGAAACUUGCUGAGCAGACAACUGUAUUCUUAUUUGCUGACGGUCAAGCAGGUAAGACACGUUAGGCCUUGGGUCUGAAAUAGUAGUGCAAGGUAUUCAAGUACUGAGGGCUUUGGAAGUAGCGAUAUGUGAUAGUGGAUGGGUACACAUUGGUGGUAGCUGGUGGAUGAAGUGUGUUACCCCCAUACAAUGCAAUGCAAGGAGACAUAGUGCAACACCUAAAAUGCAUUUAAUUGACAUUGCAUAUGAGAAGUACAAAGAAAUAUGAAAGACUAGUGGGGCAGUAACUGGUCAUCAUUCACUUACCUUGAUAAUGGAUGUCAGCCAUUUUGUUAAAUAACCAUCCCCACCUCCUGCAGUGGAUGAAAAGAUGAGAAGCUCACAAUACAUGUUAAUUACACCCGAGUUCCCUUCCUCCUCCCCUCUCCCAGGUGCUCCACAUGCGCCGUAACCUGGACCAGAGCGAGGCGGCCAUCGUCCAGGUGUUUGAGGAGAAGCAGCGCGUGUGGGAGCGCCAGAUGGACGAGCUGCGGCAGAACUACGCCUCGCGCCUGCAGCAGGUGACCACACAACUACAAUAGAUAGAUAUUAGAAUUGCAGAAUAUACUGUAUAUUAAAGUUAUAGAAUGGCUCCUCAGUUCACAGAUUGUGGGAUGGUAGGCUAUACCCAAUAUCAUAUAGCACAAUAGCAUUAGCCAUGACUGCAUGGCAAAACACUGAGAAAAGGCAAAUAAUGAGCUUAAAGGAGCAGUUUAGAGAUGCAGAGUAAAGUUCUGUGCAAAGAGAUUAUUUUCUCACUGCUCUCUAAUUUUAUUCCAAAUGGUACAUUCAAUAUGGUUGCCACUAGCAUACCCACUGCCGAAUGUUGAUUUGAAUGGGGAAUGUCCAUUCUACUAAUUGUAUUUCUACCCAGGUGACGCGUCGCGCCCAGCGCUCCCAGAGUGCCUUGCAGGCCCAGAUCAGCCGUCUGUCGCAGGAUAAGCGGCGCCUGCAGGAGGAGAUGGCUGCACUGCUGGCCCAGAGGGAGGAGCUGGAGAGGAAGUGCCUGGACUACAGGAAGGAGCAGGCUGACAUCCUGCCUCGCCUGGAGGAGACCAAGUGGGAGGUGAGAUAGGGGGGUGGGACUACCUGGGGUUAAGGGGGUGGUGUGUGUGGCUGGGUGUGGGAUACAAGGGAGAUGGGUGAGGGCUGAGCAUAACAACUACUACUUGAUGUCCAUGCAAAAAAAGGACAAAAGGGCAGUACUGUCUAAAACCAAUGAUCAAAUAUGCAAUAGCUGUCCUAUACUGUAUGUGCACAUCCAUUAGACAGAGACAUGUUUGUUGAUCUCUAUUUCCACCAUCUUCAUACCUUUCAUCCCCCCUCCCCCCCCUCCCCCCCAGGUGUGUCAGAAGGCGGGGGAGAUCUCCCUGCUGAAGCAGCAGCUGAGGGAGAGCCAGGCGGAGGUGACCCAGCGGGCGGGGGAGAUGGUGGCCCUGCGGGGCCAGCUGAAGGAGGCCAACGCCCAGCUGAGGGACCGGGAGGAGGCCAUGCUGGGCCUCAAGGACUCUUACAGCACUAAGAGCCUGGAGCUGGAGCGCUGCGAGGGGGAGCUGCAAAGGACGCUGACCGAGGUAGACAGACCUGAAACACUAGCUACAAUUUGUAGAGUUGUUCUGCUCUGUGCACCACAAGUUUUGCACUCUCGAGUCACUCACAUGCAUACAGAUACAGGCAUUCACAUACACUUACUCUCUCUCACUCACUCACACACUCACUCAAAAACACACACACACACACAGUUUUGUUUUACUAUCCUUGUGAGGACCCAAACAAUUGAUUCCCAUUCAAAAUCCUAUUUUCCCUAAACCUUAACCUCAAAAUCUAACCCUAACCCUAAACCUAACCCCUAAGCCUAAAAUAGCCUUUUUCCUUGUGGGAACCCACGGAAUGUCCCCACUUCUCCGAAUGUUCCUUGUUAUACUAUCCUUGUAAGGACUUCAAGUGAAUUAACCCCCACUUCCUCUCUCUUUAACUCCUGAUUGACCCUCCUGCCUCCCCUCCCUGUGUCUCUCCAGGUCUCUCUGCUGAGGGACAAGCUGGGCAUGUUUGAGGCUGAGGUGGUGGGGCUGAAGCGGGCCCUGGGUGAGCUCAGUGCGAGGGAUAGGGCUAUCGAGGCUAGGGGUGGAGGUGGCAGAGGGAGCAGGGAAGUAUCCAGGACCAGAGUGGGGCUUUCCUCCCCACACAGCCCACUUGAGGGUUCUGCCUUCUCCUACCCGGCCCUGCCUCCACCCCCUGUACCUCCCCCAGAUGCCAUACUGAGUUUGCAGAGCGAUGAAGCUAAAGUUCAGCGUCAGGAGGCCCACCAGCGUCAGGAGGCCCACCAGCGUCAGGAGGCCCACCAGCUUCAAGAGGCUCAAUUGCGGCAGGAAAUCCACCAGCAGCGCCAGGAGGCCCAUCAACAGCACCAGGAGGCCCACCAGCAGUGGGAGGAGGCGGGGGAUCUGCGCCGGCAGCUGGAGCGCCUCCAAGGCGAGCUGCGUCUGGAGCGGCAGCAGCGCGAGCGACAGGCACUCACCUUCAAGAAGGAGCGCCACGUGUGGAUGGACGAAAAGGAGCGUGUGCUCAAGUACCAGGCCCAGCUGCAGCUUAGCUACGUGGAGACCCUGCAGAAGAACCAGGCCCUGGAGCUCCGCGUGGGCCACCUGGGCUCCAAGCUCACCUCCACCAACACCACCCCCUCGCCCACCUCACCACCCCCACUGUCCCUGGCCCCCAUCCCCCUGCCCGCCCCCGUCACCCCCCUACCCUCCCUCUCUCUCUCCCCACCUCCCCUCGCCGAGGACAAGAAUCUCCCCCCCACCCUCCACCAGCUGGCCCCCCCCUGGCCGGUGCCCACCCGUCUGGAGAGGAUAGAGUCCACAGAGAUC